AUGAGAUCAGGGCGCGUUAUGGUGCUAUGCGAGCGCAUCAUGAGCCGCGGCUACGAACCGCGCGUGGCACGUCUCAUGGAAAACGUCAAAGCCACAGUGCGUGCUCAGCCAGGCUUCAUCUCGAUCGACACGUACGCGCAGGUGGAAGACCACACGAAAUACGUCGUCUUCUCCGAGUGGGAGUCCAAGAAGAAAUUCGACGAGUGGCUUGCGAGUGAGGCAUUUCAGGAAUGCACGCAUCAGAUCGACGAGCUACUGGACGCGCCUGGAGUGCACAUGCGCAUCUUCAAGGCCCCAAAAGAUGAUGUCUUCCUGCUGUAA